UUCAGAGUUUAGAGUGGAGCGAAGAGUGAAGCACUUAGGCCCUUGCAACUGUCAAGAAGACGAGACGAGGGGUCGGGACCGGCAGCGUCUUUCUCUCGCUGCGUGUUUCAUUUCUGGGAGUCCUGAUAUACUUACGCCCGCCGACACCUUUUGAAACUUGACAAAAUGUCGAGCGAAUCAGUGAAAACGUUUGCAAGUCUCGAAACUCCUGGGUAUGUAGGUUUUGCAAACCUUCCAAACCAGGUUCACCGCAAGUCAGUGAAGAAAGGAUUUGAAUUCACUUUGAUGGUUGUUGGAGAGUCGGGCCUUGGCAAGUCUACUCUGGUCAACAGCCUGUUCUUGACAGAUUUGUAUCCCGAAAGAGUGGUGCCUGAUGCUAUUGAAAAAGCAACUCAGACGGUAAAGCUGGAUGCAUCGACCGUUGAGAUUGAAGAGCGUGGAGUGAAACUACGGUUGACUGUGGUAGAUACCCCGGGCUUUGGAGAUGCCAUUGACAACACAGACUGCUUCAGAGCUAUUAUUCAGUAUAUUGAUGACCAGUUUGAAAGAUUUCUCAGAGAUGAGAGUGGGUUGAAUAGGCGUAAUAUUGUUGACAACCGCAUUCACUGCUGCUUUUACUUUAUAUCUCCAACUGGUCAUGGACUCAAACCACUUGACAUUCAGUUCAUGAAGCAGCUCCACAAUAAAGUUAACAUAGUGCCUGUCAUUGCUAAAGCUGAUGUUCUGACCAAAAAGGAAAUGCUUCGUUUGAAGAAGAGGGUGAUGGAAGAAAUAGAAAAGAAUGAGAUCAAAAUUUAUCCCCUUCCUGACUGUGACAGUGAUGAAGAUGAGGAUUACAAAGAACAGGUUCGUCAGCUGAAAGAAGCUGUGCCAUUUGCAGUGUGUGGGGCCAAUGCCAUGCUGGAGGUGCGGGGCCGCAAGGUGCGGGGCCGCCUGUACCCCUGGGGGGUGGUCGAAGUGGAGAAUCCGGAGCACUGCGAUUUCAUUAAACUACGCACAAUGCUUAUCACACACAUGCAAGACCUGCAAGAAGUUACCCAAGAAGUUCACUAUGAAAACUAUCGCUCUGAGCGUCUUGCGAAGGGCGCACCCAUGCCAAAGAAAACUCCGUCACUGGAUGCUGCCAUCAUCCCAGCUGAAAAGGACCGUAUCCUCCAAGAGAAAGAAGCAGAGCUGAAGCGGAUGCAGGAGAUGCUUGCUAAGAUGCAAGCUCAAAUGUUGCAACAACAACCAUAGAAUUCAGUCGCGCACCACGAGAGUUUGGACUCUGCGAGGCGUCUCAUGGCAAAUCCAGUCAUCUGCAGUGGAGCCUGGCCGUGGUGUGCGUGCGCUUGGUGUAUAGAGUUGAGCCAACAUCGCCGGCCGACCGAAACCAUGCUAUAAACUUUCAUUAUGUCAGUUCAUUCAAAGGAAAGGAAGGAAUAGGAUCGAUAGGGACUUGACACAAAGUGAGGAUUUUUUUAAUUGCUUGAGGAACCACAAUAGCAACCAAAUUUUUGAUGUAAUUUGUUUAACUUGACAGGGUAUGAAAUCUUAUACCUUAAACGGUCUAUUUUGGGACAUUGCAAUAUUAGAAAUGAAGGACCAAACUUUGCCCUGUACAUUGUUUAAAAUGUAGGGAAUGAACCAGCUCAAACUUAUCUGAAAAAAUGCGGGUUGUGAAAUGGUUUACCUUUAUUACUUGUUUGUUGGAAGUGAAAUGAUGUGGUGUGAGAUAUGCAUUGUAAAAUCUUACUCUCCCUCAGGGGAAGUUUUUUGUGAAUUGACUUGUAGUUGAAAUUAUUAUCGUUUGGCAUCAGUUGUGAGGUAAGAAGUGUUUGUUCUUCGUAUAGCGUUAGGUAAUUAGGUGUGGUGAGAAAGUUCAAUGGUAUUCAUGAAACCCAUGGUUGUUCAAAAUGGUCUGAAUCUUUAAUGAAUCUCUUUAUGACAAUCUUAAGCUCAAUAAACUAAUUUUUGUAAUCCUAGCACACUUUGUAGCAAAGGAAGUUGCCUUUAUUUUCUGAAAAUGGUCAUUUAGAAAGAAAAUUCUGUGGUAAUUUUUUUGGGUUCAAAAUGCACAUUUUGGAGUUUUCACCUUCAUGUUGCCAUGUAGACCCUUUUCUCCCCUAAAGACCUUUUUUUUAUUUCUUAGCGUGUUUAAUACCUACCAGUCUCUUUUUCAAGUAGUAAUAUUCUGAUGUAUUGUCCUGUGUCGUUUUGUCCUUUUGGAUAGAUGGAAGCUAGAUAAGGUUUGUGUGUUGUAUUUGAAAGGAAUGGGAGACUGAGUCGAGGUAUUAAUGUGUUGAGGAGAAAUGAACUUUUAUAUUGAGUGUUGUACAAAUGCAUGGAUGUUCGGAGCCUGUGCUCUGUUAUGGUGAUAUUCUUGCAAUCAAACGUCACCAUCACCUUUCAUUUGCAUUCAUAUCAUAUUGUAUUAGUAUAUUCCCCCUGCUGUGAAAUACUGUGUGCUUUAGUCUUGUUCAUUCUUCCAAUUGUUGUUGGAGCCUGGCCCUCAGCCAUUCAUAUGCACUGCCUUUUUUCUUUCUUGAAAUCUUGCUGAAUUUGAAAGACUGUCACUUUUAUAACUUAAAUAAAUUGUAUCUGACAAUGGUAACACUGUUAACUUUAUGCUGUGCUCUGCAGGUAAGCCUUAUUUGUUUUUAUGUUCCACAAGUCUUGAACAUGUUAUCAUUUUUAUUAUAUUAUCGCUUGUCGUUUAUUGUUGGUGCAUGCUGUCCCAAUGUUCAUUUGUUUCUUUACUAUCUCCUAUGAUGGAUUGUGACAAGUCAUGUUUUCCAUUUUAUAUUAUUUCCUAUAUUUAUAUGUAUAUUUAUAAGUUAGACGUAUGCUUGAUCAGUAUAUUUUAUUCUAAAGUCUGAUGAAGCCUUAUUUUUAAUUAUAAACAAUUGUGCAUCAACUGGUGCUUGCAUUUAAAAGUUCAUCCCAUUUUAUAUUUGCAAUUUAUCUUUACCUUUCCUUAGGUGUGUUCCAAGACUGGUUCCCAUUUCUCAUAAUUUAUGCAAUUUUGCAAAGACUUUUUAAUGUCUGUCACUCACCAAGGUGUUAUGAUAUUGUAAUAGCAGUAUUUUAUUUUUCCUUUCAUUAACUUCAGCAAUGCUUUUCAUCAUGUAUACCUGCUCUAUUUUUAAAAAAAGAUUAGUGAUCUCCAAACCAAAACAAUUUUAUACUUUUGCUUGUUUUGUCUGUCUCACUUACUUUCAGACUAAAUAAGUAUUUCAAAAUAAUCUCAAUAAAACUUUGAUCUACAAACACAA